AAAUUUCCAGUGUUCAGUUCUAAGUUGAAGCAGUAAGGAGUAAGCUAGGGUUUUCAAAGCAAGGAGAAAACAUUGAGUUGUUUUCUCAUAAUUAUCAUCAGUGAUGGAGGCAUCAACUUAUUCUCCAGUGGGAAAUAUAGGGACUUUGAUGAGUCUCAAUGACGACACCCUCCAAGAAAUCCUCCAAAGCUACGACGAUUUCUGCGCUGCAGCUAAAUCUCUCCUCAACGGCUCCCGUGAUCUCUCCUUUGAACACGACUUCUUUUCCCACGUUCAAACUCUCUGCAAACACGGCCUCCGUAGUCUCGCUCGGGACUAUUUUCUUAGGUCACUUGAGGAAACAUUUGAGAAAAAUGGGGCUUCGAGAUUUUGGCGCCAUUUUGAGAACUAUAGCAAAAUCGAAGAAGAUUUAUAUAAGAUUGACGAGGAUGAGAUUCAAACAGUGCUUUGUAAUGCUCUGGAGGAGAUUUGUUUGGAAAAGGAAAAUCAAGAGAAAUGCUUGUUAAUGUUAGUUCAUGCUUUACAAUCCUAUGUGGAUAAUUUAUCUAAUGAAAAGCCCAACUUUGAUGUGGGAAAAGACUAUCUUUUUUCAAAGUAUCAAUUAGUUGUUUCUUCCAUGCUUAUGGCCAACCUUCCUCCACAUUUCCCCAAGGUGCUUCACUUUUAUUUUAAGGGAAGGCUGGAGGAGUUAAAUAUCGUAAUAGAUGGAGAAUGGAACGAGGAAAAUGAGCGACCAGAUAGAGAUAAGAUGCAUUUGGAUGAAAGAGUAAAUAUAGAACUGGUGAAAUGGAUAUUGACGAGUGCUAUUCCCAAGACAAGUUUUCUGAGAACAAUAAGUUGGUGAAGAACAUUGGGAAGGUUGUUUGCGAUCUUCGAAAUCUUGGGUUCACAUCCAUGACUGAAGAUGCCUAUGCUUCUGCUAUCUUCAUGCUUCUGAAGGCUAAAGUACAUGAUCUGGCAGGUGAUGAUUACCGGAGUUCUGUUUUGGAUUCCAUUAAGGGUUGGAUACAGGUCGUUCCUCUGCAAUUCUUGAAUGCAUUGCUUGCCUAUCUUGGUGAUUCUAUUAGUUUUGUCCAACAUUCACCUGGUACCGAAUCACCUCUGGCUUCACAACCAUCUUCAGGCUAUUUUGGAACAAGUACUCCAUCAUCAGGACUCAUUAGAUGGAAAUUGCGGCUAGAGUAUUUUGCUUAUGAAACAUUGCAAGACUUAAGGAUUGCCAAAUUGUUUGAGAUUAUUGUCGACUAUCCUGAUAGCUGGGAGCCCGACCCUGUUGCGGCUGACCCAUCAAAAGGUAGCCGGAAUAGAAGGAAGGUUGACAUACUUGGAAUGAUUGUUGGCAUAAUUGGUUCAAAGGACCAACUUGUUAAUGAAUACCGUGUUAUGCUUGCUGAAAACUUCUGAACAAAUCGGAUUAUGACAUUGACUAGGAGAUAUGGACUGUAGAACUCCUCAAGAUACAUUUUGGAGAGAGUAGCAUGCAGAAGUGUGAAAUCAUGCUUAAUGAUUUGAUUGAUUCCAAGAGGACAAAUACCAACAUUAAAACAACCAUUAAUAAAACAUCUCAAAUAGAUCCAGAAUCAUCAGAGGCUGGUAUUUCCUUGGGUAAUCUUGCUGCUACAAUCAUAUCUUCGAAUUUCUGGCAUCCAAUCCAGG